AUGUUCACUUUUAAAUCUGUAUUCGUACUUUGCAUACUCUGCAAUAUCGUGAAAAUAUGCCGUUCGGCAAUGCAAACAUUUCAGGUAGAACAGAUCUUUUACAAUAAGGUCGUGUUGGAUAAUCUUCUUGCAGAAUACCGCCAUUCGUCUUCUGCUCAAUGUUCUGAUAUUUGUCAACAAGAAAGUUGCAAGUGUUUUGGUUUCAACUCAAUAACUCAAAUUUGUCGGAUCCAUGCCUUUUGUAAACCAGAUAAUACAUUGGUUGAAGAAUCAGGAUGGAAAUAUUACAGAUCUCGAGCAGAAUGGAAUUCUUUCAUGAAUUCGGAGUACUUGCUGGGUUUAAAAGCAACAACGUGGAAUAACGCUCAAUUGGAUUGCUCUGUAAAGGGCGCUAAACUCGUUGAGAUAGAAUCGCCUGAAGAAAACGCAUACAUUCAUUCUCUUGCAAAUAAUUUGACAAAACCCGCUUGGUUGGGAGGCACUGAUGUUGCUGAAGAGGGAAAAUGGGUAUGGCAUUCUAAAGGUACCAUCUUUUCCUACAGCGCCUGGUAUAGUGGACAACCGAAUAACUACAAUAACCAAGACUGUCUCUGUCUCUAUCGAUCACACGCCCUAACUUGGUGGGACGAUAGUUGUGCAGCAAGUUAUCAAUACAUCUGCGAAAGAGAGUUAUUUACAAACUGA